UAAUGGACAAUUAUUUUUUCAGAUGCCUCGAAGAGCAGUAUCAUCUAGAGGUAGAGGACAUAGCCAGCAGCUCUCUAUGAAUGAAACAGAUGAGCCAGUACAGAUGCAAGAGGAAACACUGGAGCACACUCCAGCAGCAUUAGGGGGACAAGCAAACGCAUCAUCAUCAUCAUCAGUUCGAACUAGAGGUCUGAACUUGGGACAUCCUAUCCCAUCAAACCCGUCUGAUCGGCAAUUGAUCAGAUUGAAAGGAAAUGUCUUUUUAGAUUCCACAGUUACUAGAUCAAUCAGUAAUGACAUUAAGAUGCGCUACACUGCUCCAUGGAAAACUUGGUCAGAAAUACCUUUAAAGACAAAAGACGAGCUCUUUGGACUUUUUCGGAGUCGAUAUGUAUGGGAUGAGAGUGAAGAAGAUAUGAUUCGAACUGCUUGGGAAAAGGACCAGAUUGGAUGGAGGCAGAGAUAUGGAAUGCACUUGUUGCAUAUUGGAGUACACCAGAGUGGAGAAAGAAAUCAGAAGCUGGUAAAGCAAAUAGAAACAUAGAAAAAGAUGGAACUAUUACGAA